AUGAGCCAAGUAGUGGGCUUUCUGUUGGUGCUUCUGCUCACUCCUGUCCAUCUACAGCAUGUGCGAGGUGGCCACAACUUGACUUUCCUUAAAUCUGUGCUUUCAAACAUCGCCCAACGGGAGCAUUGGCGGAAUACCCCCAUCUUUGUGGGUCACAACACCAACCAGGAUGACCUCAAUAGCCUGAUGAUGUGGCUGCAGCACAGCCUGGCAGUAACCUGCCAUACGGUAGACACCUCCAUUCCUGCCCACAAGCAACAGCCUCUUGGCCAGUACAACAUCAAUGCGGACAAUGCAGUGAGUCUCCUCUUCUGCCAGAGCUCCCAGGAGAUCAUCUGGUUUUAUCUGGACAAGAGCCUGCGGCGGCUGCGUCGGAUUCGAUUGAUCGUUGUGCUGCCCAAUGGAAGAAGUGGAUCCUUCAAAGCUCUGAAUGCCAUAUUCCAGCAGCUGUGGCACUUUCAGUUUCUCAACGUCCUGGUUCUGCACAAGGAUCAGGCUUACUCCUACACACCCUAUCCCAAAGUAAGCUUCUACAAGUUGGACAUCAAUGGGUAUCCACUCUUCCCGCCUUUCACGCAGGACUUCCAGGGAUAUGUAGUGUCCACUCCAGUGGAGAAUGACAUACCGCGUGUGUUUGUUUUGAAAGAUCAAAAGUCAGGCUGCAGACAGGUGAGGGGAUUCGGUUAUCGCACCUUCGUGGAGUACCUCCAACGCCACAAUGCCUCGCUGUAUGUGACCAAUCCGAACCAGGAACUGAGCACCACCAGUAGCGUGAAUAUGGGACGGAUGAUCCAGCAGAUAAUGGAUGGCCACCUGGAGAUCUCGCUGCAUCCGUAUGUGGAUGUGCCGGAGAAUAUGGGAGAUCACAGCUAUCCCCUGCUGGUGGCCACCAAUUGCCUGAUAGUUCCGGUCAGAAACGAGAUUCCCCGCUACAUGUAUCUCCUGCUGCCCCUGAACCAGUGGAGUUGGCUGCUUCUCCUCGGAGCGGUGAUCUACAUCAGUGGGAUUCUCUACUGGGUUCAGCCUGGCGGGGAAUUUCUUGCUUGGGAUCAGCGAGUUGGAUUGAACCUUCUAGACAGCAUCAGCCGCAUGCUGUACAUCUGCUCCCCGGCAAGGAUCUACAGGCCAACGGUAAGGUACUUUGCCAUUUCGUUUCAACUCACCAUCCUGGGAUUCGUGGUGACCAACCUGUACAGCAUUCAGUUGGGCAGUUUCUUCACCACUUUGGUGGUGGGCGAGCAGGUGGACAGCAUGGAGCAGCUGAUCGAGCAGCAGCAAGAGGUCCUGGUCAAACACUACGAAGUGAGCACUCUGCUGCGCCAUGUGGAGCCCCAUUUGGUGGACAGAGUGGCCCGCCUCUUGGUGGGCGUCAAUGCCAGCGAGCAGGUGUCCGCCCUGCUAAGCUUCAAUCGCAGCUACGCCUAUCCCUUCACCCUGGAACGCUGGGAGUUCUUCUCCCUCCAGCAGCAGUACGCCUUUAAGCCCAUCUUUCGGUUCUCCUCGGCUUGCCUCGGUUCCCCGAUCAUUGGUUAUCCCAUGAGGAGUGACUGCCACCUGCAGUGGUCCCUCAACAUAUUCAUCAUGAGGAUCCAGGCCGCCGGACUGCUGCAGCAUUGGUUUGUCUCCGACUUCAAUGAUGCCCUGCGAGCCGGUUAUGUUCGGCUCCUGGAUAAUGUCCUGGGAUUUCAAUCACUGGAUGUGGGCGCCCUGUACCUGGGUUGGUCCGUCCUUGGAUGUGGCUGGCUACUGUCAGCUUUGAUUUUCUGUUGCGAACGAUGGCGGUUUUACCAUCGACAUUAA